GUCAGCGCCAAGCGACCACCGGAUCGGAUUCAUUCUCUUGCUCUGUGUCCGCACGUGAAACGGGAGAUAUCCCAUAAGCUUCUUGGGGAUAUGCGCUCAGGGAGUGAGCGAGCCGGCGAAAGAAAGAGAUGGGGGGAGGAGUGGAGGCGCUGGGGGCGUACCGGGCGCUGCUGCGGGCGACACGGAAGACGUUCGCCGGUGACACGCUGAUGCUGUCGGAGUCGGCUGUGGAGAUUCGGCGGAGAUUCGAGGAGAACCGCGGCGUGACGGCGGAGGCCGAGGUCAAGCGACUCCUCGACGAGGCGCGUCAGGCCUCCCACUUCAUCACCCACAUGAUCGUCCAAGCCAAGCACAGCUCCACUAAUGGAGGUUAUGUUGUGAAGCCUGGUAAAGAGCAUGCUGGAGCAACACUAGAGAUUCCUUCUGAAGAGAUUCUCUCUAAGUUGACAUGAGCAAAAUUUAGCUAAUUAGAAUGUCAAAGGCAACAACCAUCAAUAUCGCAGGUUAAGCAUCAGAUCAGUUGAUAUAUUGAAUAAGUGUUUCAUCUGAAUUAUAUUUGCCUGAGGAAACCAGCAGGAAUAUUUUAUUCUUCUAGUUGAACUUUACACUUCAACUGUUUAUCUAACAGAACUAACAAGGGCAGAAGAAAGUAAAACUUGCUAUUGGGACUAGUUUUUCAUUUGUAAGUUGUAGAAGUUCAGGGGUAAAGGCUCAUAAUCUGGUGGAUCUAUAUUUUCCUAAGAGGUUCAGAAGGAAGCUAAGUGGCUGUUAUUUUUAUUUUUUAAUUGAGUCUUUGCUCUUUCUAUCUUGAAGCUUAUGUAGAAAUUAGCUUAUCUGAUACGGUUGCUGCAUUUCCUUCUGCCAUGAGACGAGCAGACCAUCAUAAUAUACUGCUUGUGUCUCACUGUAAAUGGAUUUGCAUAUUGCUCUGUCCUUCAAUGCAGUAGCAGACUUCAUGUUUGUUCA